UCUUUAAAAAUUCUUACGGUAACGUAAAGCUAAAAGCAAAAUUUUUAUCAUAUUAUAAAGCAAAUGGAUUAGUUCUUACAGCAACAUUUGUGUUAAUAUGUUUUAACAGAGUGAAUUAAAUGCUUAAAGAAAAUAAGCGCAAAUUCUAUUAUUAUUAUAGUUUAGUUUUAUUUUCUUAACCAUUUAUAAAAAUGACUGAAAUUGGAGAAAUUUUAAUAACGUCGGAUAUCGAAUCUUUUGUCAUUAAGCAAUUACAGCUUCUUGAAAUAGAGAGAGAUACGGAAAUCGAAGAAAAUAAGUGUCUUCAAGAGAGUAGAUCAAUAAAAAGUCUUCAAAAGAAGGGCGUAUGUAUACCAAAACUUCGUCUGGGUUAUUCAUCGACUGGCCUUUUUGGAAGAACCUUAUUACAUUUCGAAUCAUUCUUUCGUAAUAGUCCUUUUCUUUCUCACUGUUUAUCAUCAGGUGACAUAGUUGGUGUUGGAAGCUUCAACAGCGAUGGAAAAAUUGAAGUAAUAACUUCUGGCAUUGUUAUAAAAGUUGCAGAAACAUCCAUUUCUGUUGCAUUUGAAAAGAAUUCUAAUUUUUCAGACAUAGAAAAUGAUAUCCAGUAUCUAAUUAUUAAGUUAGCUAAUGAUGUGACUUAUAAGAGGUUGAAAAGGUCUCUGAAACUUUUACAGGAGAAAGGUUCAGAAUCUCAUUUAGCAAACGUUUUGUUUGGCAUCUCGCAGCCUUCUUCCCUUGAAAAAUCUUCUGAUAGUAGUUUGACAUAUUUUAAUAACAAAUUGAAUCAUGCCCAGAAAGAAGCUGUUCAAUUUGCUCUCACUCAAAAAGAGCUAGCAAUCUUGCAUGGUCCACCAGGUACUGGUAAAACUACUACAGUCUUAGAGUGUAUAUUACAAGCUACAUCUCAAAAACUAAAAGUACUUGCAUGUGCUCCUUCAAAUGUUGCAGUUGAUAAUUUAGUUGAAAAACUGGCUCCAUAUAAAGUGAAAAUGGUUCGAUUAGGACAUCCUGCUCGAUUUUCACCUACUAUUCAACAAUACUCUUUGGAUGCUAUUGUUUCUCGAUAUGAUGGCAGCAAUGUAGUUGAAGAAUUGCACAAGGAAAUUGAUCAACUAAGAGAAAAAAUAAGCAAAACCAAAGGCUCUAGAACUAGGAAAACCAUGUGGGCUGAAAACCGUAGUUUGCUGAAAGAAGUAAAAGAGAGGGAAAAAUUUAUUGUGAAACAGAUCUUAAAGAAUGCCGAUGUUGUACUCAGCACCCUUACAUCGGCAUCUGAAGAUGGAUCACUUAAAUAUGCUGAAAAAGAUCAUUUUGACAUCUGUGUGAUUGAUGAGUGUUCCCAAGCAACUGAAGCAGCCUGCUGGAUUCCUCUUCUGUCAGUCAAAAGAUGCAUUUUAGCUGGCGAUCAUAACCAGUUGCCACCCACAAUAGUGUCCGACAAAGCUGCAAAAGAAGGACUAGCUAUUACUCUUAUGGAAAGACUUCUGAAGUUAUAUGGUGAUAGCAUCAAGAAAAUGCUGACUGUUCAAUAUCGGAUGAAUAAUGCUAUAAUGCAGUGGCCUUCUGAACAUCUGUAUGAAAAUAAACUUGUAGCUGAUGAGUCUGUUUCCUCUCAUCUUUUAAAUGGCCUACCUGGUGUUGAAGAUAAUGAAAAUACUUCGAUACCUUUGCUGCUCAUUGAUACCGCAGGAUGUGAUUUGUGUGAACUCCAAAGUGAAGAUGAUGAGUCCAAAGGUAAUGAAGGGGAGGCAGACUUGGUACGUCAUCACGUAGAGAGUCUCAUUAAGAGUGGUAUGCAUCCAUCAGAUAUUGCGGUUAUUACACCCUACAACUUGCAAGUGGAUCUUAUUAAAUCCAGGCUGUCUUCCAAGUUUCCGGAGCUGGAAAUAAGAUCGGUCGAUGGUUUUCAAGGCAGGGAAAAAGAAGCUAUUGUUCUGUCUCUAGUGAGAUCCAACAACAUUGGGGAAGUUGGUUUUUUGUCGGAAGACAGGCGUAUUAAUGUUGCUAUCACUCGAGCAAAGAGGCAUUUGGCAGUUAUAUGUGACAGCAAAACGGUGUCACAUCAUGGAUUUUUGAAAUCUUUUGUGGAAUACUGUGAAGAAAAAGGAGAAGUGCGAACUGCUUUCCAGUAUGAGAAAGAAAUUGGUCACUACCCUACUUUGGCUCCAAAUAAAGUGGUAGAAAAAAAAGAAGGAAAUAAACCAGGACAGAAAAAAAAGCCAAUUAAAAAAGAACACACUGAUCGUGCAACAAACAUUAAAAAAGUGCCAGAUUACUUAAGAAAUGCUUCCAAAGAUGUGCCUCUUGAAAUGGAGAAUGAGAAAAGGUUAGUUGAGGAAAAAUUUACUCAGAUUAUUGAAGAGUUUAAAGAUGGAGAGAAAGCUUCAUAUCUCUUUCCAACUUCUCUCACUGCUUUUGAAAGAAGAAUAGUUCAUGAGAUUUCUGAAAUGCUUGGACUAAUACACAUUAGUACUGGAGAAGGUGAAAACAGGUGUAUAGAGAUUAAAAAACACGGUUCUACUCAAUCCACAAGCUCAGAACCUUUAACUACAGAUGAUGAAAUGAAUAGACUGAAAAAUAAAAGCAUUGAAGCUAAGAUUCCUGAUGUAACUAAGAGCAAAGGUGCUGAACCAAAAAAACAGGCUACUAAAGUGAAAGCAGUAAAACCAAAGCAAAAAGUUUUGAAAUUGAAAGAGUCAAACGAAGAUGAUUUUGAUGCUCUUAUUGAACAAGCAAUGAAAGCUGAUAAAACCUGUUUUUAUGAGAAAUGUAAGAAGUCUGUGGCAGCAUUGUCACAAAUGUGCCAUUUUUGCAAAGGUAGGUUUUGCUUUGAGCAUUUCUUGCCAGAAGUGCAUGGGUGUGGUGAUGCUGCUAAGGCCCAUGCCAGAAGCCAAAUUCGUAAAGAUGGAGUCAUCUAUCCAGGUAGUGGACGACCUCAGAAAAAAAUGGAUGCCAUAAAACAAUCUUACUUGCAAAAGAAAUUAGAUGAGAAGCUUUCUGAACUGACUAACAAAAGAAAACCGAAACCAAAAAGCUAGCAGCUGGCUAAGGUUAAGAAAUCAAUGAAAUUUAAAAAUUUAGACUUUGUUCUGUAAAUUAAAAAAAGAAAUAUUGUUAUCUGUUUUUAACUAAAUUUAUAUUAAAAAAUUCAAAAGUAUAAUUACUAACUUCUCGCUUCACUUAAGCGCACUAAUUAUGCAACUAGAGUAAAUUGGAAUAAUUCUGAAAUGAGAGUUUUUAAGUUCAUAAAUCACAUUAUAUGAACUUAUACAUUAUGCAGCAUAGCUACUAAAGGGAACCUCAUGUCAAAUAAACUUUUUACUUUUUUUUUCCUUCAUUGAAGUAUAAACAAUCAGUUUGCACUAUUUUUCUUUCACACUGUUUCUUUGGAUAAUAAAAUUAAUUAAAAUAAU